GCAUGUUCUUCGAUCACACACGGAGCCCUUGUAGCCAGUUUGGGAGACAGCAUAUCGAUGCUUGCCGUAAGAAUUGUGCCAGCACAAAUUUUGAGGGCUUGAUUUCUUGAACACAAACCAUACCAUCAUGCCGAACUCCAUUGACAUCGCAACGUGCGAAAAAGCGCCCUUCCUGGAGGAGUCACACCGAGCAAGCGCCUCUACCUCAAGUGAAGAUGGCGACGAUUCAAGGCCCAUGUUGGAAAACACAAGUCACCCUUGGAAGGCAAGACAAACAAGAUGGCUAAGAUCGCCUUGGAUGUUCUGUCUAGACCUCUGCUUGAUUGCUCUGGUCUUCAUCUUCGCCGGACGAAGGCUAGAUGCUGGCACGGUGCAGCUUCAGGGUGAUGUCACGGGGUUUGUUCCACACUUUGGUCAGAAGGUCACAGUUUUCCGGUCCCAUCCUGAGUUUAUCUCCAAUCACACAUCGUUGGAUUCUUUAAGAAAGGCGAGACAGGCAUGGAUCGACUUCCUACCUCGUGGACAAGGCUAUAUAGCAGUCAGUACAGAAGACAUGCAAAAGUAUGAUUUGCCAAAGCCAGUUGAAUACAAGGGCAGUUACAGCCUUGGUACUUCAUGGAUGCAUGGACUUCACUGUCUUUACGUUGUUAUGAGUGAAUAUGACAUGCUUGCUAUGGGAAUGAGGCAGCCAGGCUAUGACACCUGGCAUAUGGAUCAUUGCAUUGACUAUCUGCGGCAGCUGAUUGUGUGUAGCGGAGACAUGGCCCUGGCAGGCGGAGACAUUCCUGGGGGAAGCUCAUUCCUGAAUGUGCCACAUGUGUGCAAGAACUACGACCAGAUGUAUAAGUAUUUGGAGGAGCAUCGUGACUCCGAUGCGUACCAAUUUGGCAGCCACGAAACACACUAUGUGCCACCUUGAGAGAGGUAAUCAAAUGGUAGACACUCAGAAUAAAUAGCACACCAAAGCAUUAAGAGUCCAAA